AGCAGCGUCUGCUCUCCGGGACGUCGGGAGCGCCGGUUCACGCAGGAUGAAAAGAGAACCGCCGGUAGCCGCGAAUCUCUUUCCCUCCUGCGCCGGGACAGCCUCGGGCAACGAUGGAAAUUAAGUCAUGAGGCAGUAUCUUCUACAAGUGACUGGGAGGGAGAAGGGAGCCUGACAGAAGCCUUGAAGAGCCAUGACGUCAACUGUACAGUCUCUGCGUUUCCCACUGCUUCCACAUGAACCAGACCAAGACCGGACACAUAGUUGUGAUCAGGAGAUUGAGAGGCACUAUCAAGUAGUGCCCUCAGUUGUGUGUGCCAUGUGCUGCCUCUUUGGGAUCAUCUAUUGCUUCUUUGGAUACCGAUGCUUCAAAGCAGUGAUGUUCCUGACUGGGCUGAUGUUUGGUUCAGUAAUCAUCUUCAUGUUGUGCUACAAAGAGCGGGUGCUGGACACUCAGCUAAGCGUGGAGGCCUCUGUGGGCAUUGGCCUGGGCAUUGGCGUGCUCUGCGGGCUAGUCACCAUGCUGGUACGCAGUGUCGGGCUCUUCAUGGUUGGGCUGCUGCUGGGGCUACUACUGGCUGUGGCUACACUGGUAGUGAUGGAGCAGUUCUACCACCCACCUACUGUCUGGAUUCCCAUUGGCUUAUUGCUGGGGGUGGGCAUGCUGUGUGCUGUCCUCACCCUACAAUGGCAGCGCCUCUUCACCACAUUGUCGACUGCUGUCUUCGGUAGUGCUGUCAUGACCGCCACUGCUGACUACUUUGUUGAGCUCUUUUUGCUGCUGCAGUAUGUUUAUGAGCGUGUCAAAGUGGCACCUGCCCGGCCCAUCUGCUGGUACAGCUGGGUCAUCCUGGGUACUUGGCCUGUCCUGGCAUUUUUGGGUGUCUUGGUGCAAUGGAAAGUCACAGCUGAAGGAUACUCACACACUGAAGUGAUUAUCAGUCGGCAGCAGCGUCGUGUGCAGUUGAUGCGGAUCAAGCAGCGGGAAGAGCGGAAAGAAAAGAAGAAAAAGCGGCCACAUCCUCAUCCCCACCUGCAACAUAAGGCCCAUCCGCCUGAGCCGGCCUACCGCCGCAAGCCUAAUCCUGUGCGUCGAUUUGAUGGGGAUGUGCUCUCCCCAAGCUACAUACAGAGCUUCCGAGAACGGCAGACAGGUUCCUCUCUCAACAGCCUCCUGGCCAACGCUCAUGCUGCCAUUGACAUAGACUAUGACUGUGGCUCCACUGUGCCCCUGACCACCGGCUCGGGUCCUGCCAUGAGAGUAUAGACCAGCACUUCCCCCUGAAUACAAGUGCUGUCUCCUGUGGUCACCUGGGCCAAGCCAUGUGGCUAGAACUAGCAUCUUGGUUACCACCAGGAACUGAGAACAUUCUUCACUGGCAUUUGCAGCCUAUGCGCAGACGUAUUUCAACACCUCUCAAACCGCUAAACAUAAGUGGAAUUCUUCCUAGUGCUUCUAAGCCAUCAUGCAACGAGAGGUGAGGAAGGAGUUUGAGCAGGUGCUUGAGGCAAAGGGCUGAAGCGAGAUCUGGCUGUAAUCCACGCAUGGUCAGAAAUGUGAAA